CUUUCUCUCCCAGUUGAUCUCACCGUUAAGCCAUUCCUUUUUCAUCGCUACUCAACCCACGUCAUUCGUUCCUUGACUUCAUCUCAUUCUUUAAAGUAUAGUGCUUCAUAGACUACUCUUCGGUUCCAUCGCCCUAGUCCUUGUCUCAUAACCAGCCCGGCUUUAGCAUCUUGUCUCAGCUUCAACUCCCUCACAAGACAGUUGGACUAUCUGAGUACUACCUCACACAUCACGAGGUUUCACUCCUUUACAAACAACUUGUUGUUAUAAGAAAGCACUUAUACUCGCCAACUCAAACUUAACUAGCCCAUAUCAACAUUGUCUAGGCUUCUUCAAAUCCGGGGACAUUUAUUUUGCAGGCUCUCUCUCAUCUCGAGAUUCGCUGCUGUGUAUCAGACAUGCUCAAGCAACUCAUCCUCAUAGCGCCAUUUCUGGUGCAAGCACUUGCUGUGCCCGCAGUGGAGCCCAGACACCAACAUCUUCAUGGACACAUCGAACAUACACAUGGAACCAAGACCAAAAUGACCACGUCCGUCCGUCGUGAAACAGAACAGACCGCCGAACCACAGUUCAUUCCUCCUAAGAUGCCUUACGCACUUGACCCUAACACCAAAAUCCGCAAGACCACCACUACUGCCGGUGAUUUGAACAAUCCUAAAGAGACUAUCGUCCCCGAGUUCAUCCCACCUAAGAUGCCUUUCGUAGCAAAAGCAUCUUGGCAAAAGUCGACCAAGAACCAGGACAGCUCCGACAAGUCCGCCUCGCUUGCAUCAGUGAAGAAGAAGACUAUUGUCAAGGUUCAGGAUGAAGAAGAUGACAACAAUGACAAACAGCCAACUUUCAUCCCGCCUAGGGCGCCUUUCCGAGGAUCUCGUAAGCCUCAACAGAGCCAAGCUGCCACUCCUCGAGAUACAGUUCUCCAGUUUAUUCCUCCGCGAAACCCCUGGGCACAGUCUAAGCACAACACUCGGUCAACGGAGAGUGACGACCAGGACGUUUCGCAAGAAACUGCUGUUCCUGAUGUAGACCAGCGAGCUGCCAGUGACGAUGAUGAAGUCAUCCCGGCACCCGAGCUCCUCAAGCGUGACGAGGAAGGUGCAGAUAACGAAUUCUUCGCUGAGGAGGAUGAGGAUGACUACAACCCUGGGGAUUUCCCCAACCUUGGCGGCCCCGAGGAAGACGAGGACGAUUCUGCUGAUGAUUCUGAGAAUACUCCUGCCGGAAACACAUCUGACCAGGCAACUCAAAACCCCGAGUCCACCAAUGCACAGGAUGAUAGCAGCGCAAAGAACUACUUUGGUGGUGACUUUGAUGAUGAGGAUGACGCCAACAACGCACCCACUCGCUUAGAGGCUCGGGGCGUUGAAAAGCGGAACAUUCUCUACUUCACAAACUGGGGUACCUAUGGGGCGAACUUCCAGCCCCAAAAUCUGCCGGUGAAGGAGAUCACACAUGUUCUAUACUCCUUUGCUAAGGUGAACCCUAAAGACGGAAAUGUGUUUUCAUCAGACUCUUACGCCGACACCGAAAGACUCUAUCCUGGUGACUCUGAUAAUGGUGGAAAGAACGUUUUCGGAUGUGUUAAACAGCUUUACAUUCUUAAGAAAAAGAACCGCAAUUUAAAGGUGCUACUUUCUAUCGGCGGCUGGAAUGACAGUCCAGAUCUCGCUACUGGUGUAAGCACACAGGACCGUCGCAAGAAGUUCAUCUCUUCCGCCAUAAAGCUAAUCACUGACUGGGGCUUCGACGGAAUCGAUGUUGAUUGGGAAUACCCUGCAAAUGCCCAAGAAGCUCGCAACUAUGUCUUGAUACUCUCGGGUCUCAGAAAAGCCCUCGACCAGUACUCAAAGAACAACAAACUGAACUAUCAUUUUAUGCUUACUGUUGCUACAUCAGCCGGUCCAGCAAACUAUAAAGUCAUGGAUUUGAAAGGAAUGAAUCCAUGGAUUGACGCUUGGCACCUCAUGGCCUACGACUAUGCUGGCUCCUGGGACACUACUACUGGUCAUCAGGCCAACGUUUUCGUUUCCAAGAAGAACCCUCUUUCAACAAAACUUGGCACUGACAAGACAAUUAACGAUUACCUCGCGGCGGGAGUUCCCCCAAACAAGAUUCUCAUGGGUAUGCCUCUUUACGGGAGAUCCUUUCUCAAGACAUCUGGACUUGGCAAAUCCUACUCGGGCGUUGGCGGCAACUCUGAGGGAACUUACCUAUACAGGGAUUUGCCACGUUCUGGUGCCAAAGCUACCUACAAUGCAGACCUCAUUGCUAGCUAUUCAUAUGAUAGCAAGACGCGGGAACUUAUUACUUACGAUGAUCUCAAAUCUGGUCAAGCCAAAGCCGCUUAUAUCAACCAGCGAAACCUUGGUGGUGCCUUCUUUUGGGAGGCCAGUGGAGAUAAGGUUGGAUCCCAGAGCAUCGUUUCUGGUGUAAAGCGCACUUUGGGCACUCUUGAGACGGUCAACAAUCUUUUGAAAUACCCCACGAGUGCAUACGCCAAUAUACGAGCUGGAAUGCCGUCUUGAUUUGGCGAACAGCGCUGGCUACUUUUCCUUUGUGCUGGACUGCAUACGGAUAUGUGUUGGAUGUGUUUGGAGUCUUGGCAAUAUUACAUUUGUUGUCUGCGUUUUUGAGAUGAUGUGACUGGGAACUUGUCACUGUAUAGAAUAUAGAAAAGCCCUCGUUACCUUACAUGAUAGAUACUACAUUCGUUUGUUCACUUGAACUGCUCUUCUCAUAAAAGCCGAGAGCAAUUUCCUUUAACCCCAUGAUUAUCAUUCAUCUAUAUUUCCAUAUUAUAGACAUUAUACCGUAGCCUACAGCUCAAGUAAUAACGAGG